AUGCAAAAAAUUCCGACUUGGUUCGCCGUUCCGGCCUGUAUGGCCGUCUUGUCCGUAAUUUUGUAUCAGACACUAAUUUUGCCGGACAAGGUAGAGGGCGCCAAAAACAUACUGUCGGUGGCUAAGACCAUUCCGAUUCCGGUCGAUGGACCAGAAAGUAUUGACUGGGAUCCACAAGGAGAAGGUCCGUAUGCUUCGGUCGUGGACGGUCGUAUUCUCAAGUGGCGCGGCGAUGAGCUUGGUUGGGUCGAGUUCGCAUACACAUCUCCACACAGAGGGAAUUGUUCAACGCAUGAAGUAGUGCCUACUUGUGGAAGGCCACUAGGACUUAGCUUUGAGAAGAAAACAGGAGAUUUGUACAUUUGUGAUGGUUACUUAGGUGUCAUGAAGGUUGGACCAGAAGGUGGCUUGGCCGAGUUGGUUGUGGAUCAGGCCGAAGGUCGGAAGGUUAUGUUUGCAAACCAAAUGGAUAUCGACGAAGAAGAAGAUGUCUUCUACUUUAAUGAUAGCAGUGACAAGUAUCAUUUCAGGGAUGUAUUUUUCGCGGCGGUGAUCAGCGAAUGGACUGGAAGAGUGAUCAAAUACGAUAAAAAGACGAAAGAGGCCAAAGUUGUCAUGGACAAGCUUCGUUGUAACAACGGUUUGGCACUAAACAAAGACCGGUCUUUUCUAAUCUCAUGCGAGUCCCCCACGGGGAUUGUCCAUAGAUAUUGGACCAAAGGUCCCAAAGCCGGAACCCGAGAUAUCUUUGCUAAGGUGCCGGGUUACCCGGAUAACAUCCGGUUGACACCGGACGGGGACUUUUGGAUUGGCAUACACAGCAAGAAAAGCCCUAUGGGACGAUGGAUGUCAGGGAACAAAUGGCUCGGGAAAUUUGUUGCAAAGGUAGUGCCAUUGAGAGUGUUGAUUGAUGUGAUUAACGAAUUCAAGCCGCAUGGAAUGGCCGUGAAACUCUCCGGCGAGACGGGUGAGAUCCUUGAGAUACUUGAGGACAAAGAAGGGAAGACAAUGAAGUAUGUCAGUGAGGUUUAUGAGAGAGAAGAUGGAAAGUUAUGGUUUGGUUCUGUUUUCUGGCCAGCCGUUUGGGUUCUUGAUCGCAAGUGA